AUGGGAGUCUUGGAUCGCGAAACUGAAGGCAGCAAAAACAGCCGCAGCCCGUCGCGCGAGAAGGCUGACGAAGUGCAGAUGGGCUUGGAAUCGCCGCAACCUGGCGAGCUUCCGCUGCUCACUGCGACCACGGAACGCAAGCUGAUGGCCAAGGUUGAUUGGCACGUUGUUCCCUGCCUGUGCAUCAUGUACCUGCUUGCUUUCUUGGACCGAGUGAAUAUCAGUAAUGCGGCAGCUCUAGGCCUGAAGGACGACUUGAACAUCGCCGAAGGAACAAAAUAUAACACGGCGCUGACCAUUUUCUUCGUCCCCUACGUUCUCUUCGAAAUCCCGUCCAACAUUCUACUUAAGAAACUGAGGCCUCAUGUUUGGCUUUCAUUGUGCAUGUUCACGUUCGGUGUUGUUACGAUCUGCCAGGGUUUGGUCACAAACUGGGGCGGGCUGAUGACCACUCGUUGGUUUCUUGGCAUGUCUGAAACAGGCAUGUUUCCUGGGUGUUUCUAUCUGCUAGGAAUGUGGUACAAGCGCAGCGAGGCCCAGAAGCGAUUUAGUUUCUUCUUCAGCUCUACUUCGUUGGCCGGUGCGUUCGGCGGCGUCCUCGCCAGUGGUCUUGGUAAAAUGCACGGUGUCCGCAAUUUGGCUGGAUGGCGAUGGGUUUUCCUUAUUGAGGGUGUGCUCACUGCCGUGGUUGCCAUCAUCUUAUUCUUCUUCCUCCCCGAUUUUCCCGAGGAGGCUAAGUGGCUCACUGAGGAAGAGCGCGCGUACAUGCGCGCAAAGCUGGCUCAGGAUUCUGGAGAGGCAGGAGAAGAUACCCGUAUGGGCUGGCGCGAGGUUUUGGCCGUUUUCAAAGACUACAAGAUCUUUAUUGGUGGCUUGAUGUAUUUUGGACAGAUUGUCACAGCUUAUGGCUAUGCUUAUUUUGCGCCAACAAUUAUCCAAUCCUACGGAUAUGGACCAAUUCAAACGCAGCUAUACUCGAUUCCACCUUGGGCGGGCGCAUUCGGAUUCUCCAUGUGCAUCGCAUACAUUUCUGACAAAUUCCGACAUCGUUUCGCAUUCACUAUAAUCCCGAUGCUGAUUUCCAUGGCUGGAUUGGGUAUCCUCAUGAACGUGCAUGAUAACCGCGAUGUUCAAUACGGUGCGCUAUUUUUGGUCACAGCGGGAUGCUACAGCGCCAUGCCUGUGGUUGUUUGUUGGUAUGCUAUGAACCUAGGUGGUCAUCGGCGGCGCAGUGUUGGAACUGCAUGGCAGGUCGGGUUCGGUAACAUUGGCGGUAUUAUCGCGACGUAUUCGUUCCUUGCGAAGGACAGGACGAAUAACUAUUACACCGGCUUCAGUAUUGGUAUAUCUUUUCUUGCGUUUUCUUGCGCCUGCUGUUGCGUCUACUUCGCGGCAGUGUGGCAUCAAAACCAGAAGAAGGACCGAAUCCUAGCGAGUGGUGACCCUAGUUACCUGGAAGAGGAUGAGGCGGUCCUGGGAGAUCAGGCGACGAAGUUCCGUUAUGCGUACUGAGCCUGUAGAGGGUCUUUCUUACGCCGUUAUGACUUUGGACGAAACCCUUCAGAGCUCGUACUAGGGCUAGGGCUGGAGCUAUAUACCCACAAAGAAUAUAUAUCCAAAUACGAUAAUCUCUUAUCGAAUGGCGAAAUAUAAUAAUGAGGAAAAGUGACACAGAUAAAAUUACACGAAAGAAUCCACUAUUAUUUUGAUGU